AAUAUUUCAAAAAAGAAUAACCAAAUGGCUUUUGGUCCACCUACACGCCGAUUACUGGUAUUGGAUUUCGACGAGACACUGACCUCGCUAGACACAACCUAUCUUCUCCGCGAUUUACUGCCUACAUAUCGACGCCCCAAGGAGGAUAAUUUCACCAAAGUUGGCUGGAUCGACUACACGAAUAUAUUGCUCAAUAAAUUACGCUCCAUGGGAUUCUCUGUGGGCGAACUACGCCGCCUGAUUGCGACCAUACCGCCCGUUCCAAGUAUCGUGGAAUUUGUACAGCAUCUUCAUGACUCGUGUGAUCCCAAAUAUGACAUCAUCAUCAUAAGCGAUGCCAAUUCUAUCUUCAUUAAAGACUGGUUGGCCAAUCAUCAGCUAACGAAAUGUAUAAAAGCAAUUUUCACGAAUCCUGCUUACGUUGUCUCCAGCGAUGGGCUGCAUGUACGACCAUACCAUGUCACUAAAUGUCCACUGAGCCCACCCAAUAUGUGCAAGCGUACCAUUUUGGAGCACUAUAUGACGAAGAGGCGUGAAAUGGGUGUAAAUUACGAACGAGUCAUUUUCAUUGCGGACGGCGAGCACGAUUACUGUCCUACGUUGGACAUGCGUUCGGAUGACAUCGUAUGCGUGCGCAAGGGAAAAAACCUGGAGAAGAGAAUGCGCUGUUACCGCAAAAAGUGCAAAGUAAGACCGCUUUUAUUGUUGUGGAGUACAGGACACGAAUUGCUGUCUCUGUUGGAGUUAGCGUUGGGCUGUGUGGCUAUUUCAUGCAUUUAGGAUGCUAAUCAAGAUUUUUUGCUUGAUUGAGAAAUAAUUAUUUAAAAAAAAAUUAUGUGAAAAUUUUAACAAAAUCAAUCAUUAUUAUAAUGAAGAGCAAUACUGACUUCUUUUAAUUUUUGCUUAUACCAAUUCCAACAUUCAUAUUUUUGGCAAAAUAAAUUA